AUGGCAUGCAUGCGGUUUGCUAUGAAUCUUGGUGGGAAAUUGAGUCUUAAUAUGUUGCAGUACUUGAAAGAAACAGGAGGAAGUAAGAGCCAUGCAUUAGUUUGCUGGUUGAAGGAAAAGAGAGCCUUUAAUUUAGUCUACUUCUGGAACUCAAAAGUGAUCAAUUUUGUGACUUUCUGGGGGCUUAGAAUCAUUUGGUUAGAGCAAGUUAUGCUGAGGAAUAGAUCUAGAGCAGUGACCAGCAAGCAAGCUUUAAUGGCUGACCACAGCUCCCAAUCAUCUCCAACUCAAAAAAACUACACCAAAGCCCCAUCUUUCUUUGGUUCUCCAAGAUUCAGAGCUUUCACAAUAAAGGGUCAUUCUGAAACUGAUUCUCUGAUAAGCCCGACUUCAAUUCUUGACAGCAAGCCAUUUCCUUUUGCAACCCCAUUUUCAUAUGAUCAAAACCAACCCAAAACCCCAAAAGUUGUAUCAGCAAACAAAAGCUCCUGGCACCAACCAGAGCCCAAAGGCAUUGGCCUUGCUCUGCUUGAGACACUCAAUGAUGAAAAGCUUGAAGACAAUGCUUCUAAACCCAACAGCGGGAAGGUCCUGUUUGGAACUAAGCUUAGAGUUCAAAUCCCUCCCUUUCCAGCCUCUGCUCUUUCUCCAACGCAGUCUCCGAAAUCUCCAGCUGAUUUCAAGAUCGAGACUCCGAAUUCCCAAUCAUCAGCAAUUGGGUCUGCUAACUCUGGCAUCCAAACAGAGCAUUCAAAUUCUGCUCAGGCUACCACAGGGUGUGCCUCUGUAAGUGAAAUGGAGCUUUCUGAAGAUUAUACAUGUGUGAUAUCUCGUGGACCAAAUCCAAGAACAACCCACAUAUUUGAUAACUGCAUUGUAGAAAGCUUCUAUAGCUUAUCGGAUCAGUCCAGCUCUGCCUCGGUGAGUUUCCUUAGCUUCUGUUACACAUGCAAGAAGAAUCUUGAGCAGAAAAACGACAUCUACAUUUACAGAGGUGAGAAAGCUUUCUGCAGUCGUGAAUGCCGCUACCAAGAAAUGCUCUUAGAUGAAGUUGGGAACUCGGAGUUUGAUGAUGCUAUAAGGACUUGUUCUUGA